CUGACUUCUCCGCUUCAUACGAACUUCAUGAACUGCGCCUCCAAGAAAACUUUUCAGUAGUCCCCGUUGGCUGUGGAUUGUUUUGUUUGGAUGUACCGACAAACGUUAGAACCAGUUCACAAGAAUGGUAGAGAGGAUUCCAAAUAUGUUAUUAAUGUAAAAGGAAUAUAAAAGGGGCGUCAACUGUCGGUUUAAAUGACUGAUCUGUGCAAAAGCAGAGGCAGCUUCGGAACUCUUCGCCCAGGACGAGUCGGAAUCAUGGAUCGAUAGUAUGAUCGGCUUCGGGCUUCGGAGGAGAGUCUUUAACUACUGUGCAAACCUCAUAUCUCCGCUAUUGCUUUGGAAUAAAGGUUGUUCAAGUAAACCAUUAGAGGGGACCCCUAUCUUCAUUUUAAAACGAUUUUUAUAGUGUAGUUCAGCUGGUUCGUUUUCAAGGGAUGGCUUCGCCAACUCUACUGAUUUUGACAACGGUUUUGACUUUGUGUGGAGAUGCCUGGAGUGCAUCGUAUCCACAGCGAUAUAAUCUCUACGCGGGGAGUCAGUCUCAGACACAGACUGCUAAUGGAGCGAGAGCAGCGAGCAGACACAGAAACUGGUGUGCAUAUGUGGUGACAAAGACAGUGAGCUGUGUGGUGGAAGAUGGAGUGGAGACGUAUGUGAAGCCUGACUACCAGCCCUGUUCCUGGGGACAGGUCCAGUGUCCCCGUGUGGUCAUGUAUCGAACCUAUAUGAGACCGAGGUACAAGGUAGCCUAUAAAAUGGUAACAGAGAUGGAAUGGAAGUGUUGUCAUGGUUACAGUGGGGAAGAUUGUAACGAAGGUCCAAACGGGGGAUCCGUUACACAGAUCUCAACAGCCAGGCCUUGGCCCAAGCCUUCACGUCCAGGACAAACGGGCACUAACACCCAAGGGGGAGGAAAUGGGAGAAGUGACAUUGACAAGAUGAAGCAGCUGGAGGACAAAAUUCAGAGUUUGACCAAAGACCUUCAUGACCUGCAAUCUACUUUAAGGGGCAUGAAUGAAAGGUUUCAGGAAGAGAUGCGCAAGCCAGGAUUUAAUGGUGGCAAAACACCUGCUGAUGCUGCCCAGCCAGAAAUGAAAGAGACUAUCCACAGCAUUCAGACCAAGCUUGACCAGUUGGACAACAGGACUCAAGCACACGACAGGACCCUGGUCAGCAUUAAUAACCACCUUGUUAAUGGUAAGGGAGGGGGCAAUGAUCUAGACAGGACUGGUGGUGCUGGAGAUAGUAGGUUUAACACCCUGAAGGAGGAGAUUCUCCGAGAACUUGAACGAAGAGUCUCACUGUCUUGCUCAGCCUGUCAGUCUGGAGUGGAUGACCUGAGGCGGCAACAACAGCGGGACCGGGAAAGGAUUCUCGCUCUAGAGAAGCAGAUUAACGCCAUGGAUCAACGUCACCGGCAAACUCUGGAUGGCUUGCGCAGGGACCUGAGUCGGUCUCAAGGCUGCUGUGACACAGCGACAGACCUCAGAGGACGACUCACCGAUAUAGAGAGGAAGAUGAACUCAGCAUCGCAGGCCUUCGAUAUUCUGCAGGAUCGUCUUGACAAGGAGUUGGGAGGAACCAGUGGUGGAGGUGUUAGGGGAGGAGGAGGAGGAGGAGGAACUGGAGGUCCAAGAGUGACAGAGGACACGUUCAACGGUUACUUGCGAGACUUGGAAAGGAGACUAAACAACACUGUGCAGAGGACAGAAGAGAAUUGUGCCUACAUGGAGAAUGACCUGAAGGACUUAUUCAAACAGCAGAUAAGUGAUCUACGCAAGGAGUUCACCAACCGAUUUGACGAACAAGACUACAAAAUCGCAGAUGUUGAACUAGAUGUAGGAGUUGUGAAAGAAACAGUGUUUGAGCUGGACAAGCGUUUAUCUCGGAUAGAAAACACAACUUCCCACAUUGACAGGAAGCUGAACGAGUGCUCAGCUUGCUCUGGUUCAGCAAGGGGUUCUGGAGAACAAAUCAGCCCCGAAGACACAGUGAAGUCCCUUGAGUGGAAGGUCAUUGCAAAUGAGGCCGAAAUCAAACGGUUCGAUACACGACUCAAAGACCUAUCGGUAUCAGGUGACUCUCUCAUGGACAAAGUUGUGGAUUUGAGCCACGACAUCCGCAAGAUCAAAGCACUGACUGGGGAUAAUGGUGAGCAUUUCAACAGGAUCGUCACAGAGAUAGAGAACUGUAACAUAUGCAACACCAUUGAAGAUGAAGUGAAAAACUUGAAGAACAUCACAAAUCAUGCUUUGGACAAAUGGCAAAAGGAAAUCAAAAACAUCCAAAGCAAAGUGGAUGCAGACCAGACUGCUUGCUCAGAAGUAUGCUCUGAUCUGCAGGAAGAAGUAGGUAAGCUAAAGGAAGAAGUGGAGAAGUGCAGCGGACUGUGCAAGAUUGGCUUAGAUACUCCUCCAGGAAAAGGAGCGGGAGACCUAGAUGAUCGCGAAAAACCCUUGGACGGCCAAAUUGUCAUUAGUGGCACUAACGGGAAUCUGAGGUCAAUCCAGGGAGAGUUGUCAGAAGUCAUACUGACAUUCAGCUCUAUCAACGAUACUCUAAAGGGACUGGAACACACAGUCCAGAAACACGACAGCGUCAUCACCGACCUCGGAAACACCAAGGACAAGAUCAUCUCGGAGAUCGACAAGAUCCAGCAAGAGGUGACUGAGCACAUAGAGGACAGCAAGAUGCGUUUUGACAGUGUGGACCGCGACAUCCGUCGUUUCGGAAGCAACGUUGUAGUAGAAAUGGGUGAUUGCAAACGGUCAGGGGACGGUUUGGAGAAGAGACUCUCAAAACUCGAGGGAGUCUGCAGUCGUCUUGACUCAGUGUCCGACAGCCUGCGGCGGAUCAAAGAGGGCCUGAAUAAACACGUCUCUGGACUGUGGAACUGUGUCAAUGGGCUAAAUUCCACUGUGACCUCACACAGUGGGUUCAUCAAUGAAUUCCAGAACACACAUCUGGAUGGGAUCCACGGUCAGAUCAAGAGGCUGAACUCUUCUGUGGUUCACGUUCUCAAAGAGUUCCAAAACUUCAUACAGCAAGACUUUAAAGGUCCACCCGGGCCACAGGGUCCACAAGGAGAAAGAGGGUUCCCAGGACUACCUGGGCCAAAUGGGCCUCCUGGCAGAACGGGACCACCAGGUAAACCAGGUGCAGAGGGGCCAAGAGGACCUCCUGGUCUCAGAGGGGAACAAGGUCUGCCUGGCGCUGACGCCCACGUGCCUCGACUCUCUUUCUCCGCUGCUCUCACAGCACCUAUGGUGACUGCAGGAACAAUAGUCUUUGAUAAAAUCUUUGUCAAUGAAGGAGAAUUCUAUGAUCCACGAACAGGUAUCUUCACAGCACCACUAGACGGACGUUACUUUUUCAGUGCUGUCCUGACUGGUCACAAGAAUGAAAAGAUAGAGGCUGUGCUGUCCAAAUCAAAUUACGGUAUGGCGCGCGUGGACUCGACGGGCUAUCAGCCCGAAGGUCUAGAGAACAAACCUGUGUCUGAAACUAAGCCAACACCGGGUUCUCUGGCUGUCUUCAACAUCAUCUUACCGCUGCAGAUGGGGGAUACAGUCUGCAUUGACCUGGUUAUGGGCAAACUAGCCCAUUCCGUGGAGCCCCUCACUAUCUUCAGUGGCAUGCUACUGUACGGAGAUGUCUAGGGGCUCUGCACCUCCCAGUAUAAAUGAACACUGAGGCCUAUCAAACUCAAAGGUAAAUGACAACUGAUACAACGACGGGGCCAGAAAAUGACACAGAUUCUUCAGGAGAUGGUAAAAUGUACUGUAUACAUGGCUAUUCUCCCAGAUUCAUGUUCAAACCCACUGAUUGAUUCUUCUAGACCUGAUGAACUCCUUGAAGACAGAAUAUAAUAUGAAAUGGAAGAAAUUUCGCCCUUGAUAUUUUAACCUAUCCCACAUUUGGAUAAGUGUUGUAACAGAUACUACUGCAGGUUUUUAAUUAUUGUUGUCAAAUGUUAUUGUUAAUAAUAUGCCUUAAUUUUUUUGAUAAAUCACUUAAGACAUGGGUCAAGAAUAAUCUCCCAUGCACCAAAGCCGACUGAGAGGUCUGAUCGACUUCCCAUGUACCCUGUUGCAAAGUACAGUAUUCUUGCCAAAGAGCUUCUCACAAUCAAGGUUAAAGGUUAAACUGAUGUUUGUUUAGUCGGAGAGAAGCAGGGAUGAAGUUUUUUGU